AGUUAAUCUUCAUUCGAUUCGAGUAUAUAAAGGGCUUCAGCUUAUAGAAACUUGCAGUCUUCAUCAUACAACUUACAAAAACAUUCAUAUCCAACUUUAUUUAUCAUCCGGGCCGCAAUGAAGUUGUUACUUAUCUUCGCUUUCGCAGUUCUAUCAAGUGCUUUGGGUGGCCCCACAUGUCGAUUAGGUUGCCCAAGGAUUUACAUGCCAGUUUGUACACGGCUGGAUAAUAGCUCAUUUCUGCAAUUUCCAAAUCAGUGUGAAUUUGAAAAGUUUGCAUGCUUGAACGAAUUAGAUCUGUACGCAAUAGACGGGGAAUGUAACGAGGUAAUUCUUUCCUAGUCAUACAAUUGUAAAUGGAUUAUUUAAGUUCAUAUAUAUAUAUGUAUAAGAGGGUCCUGAUAGUCAACCUGCCUAUAUAAAUCAAAAGAAAACUAAUAAAUAAACAUCCUUCAAACGCUGAA